AUCUUCCAACGGAAGCGAUAAGAUAUUGACAUUCGCUUGUACUAUUUAACAGUUGUUUGCCGCUCCGUAAAGCAUUAGAGACGCUCUCUUAAUGUCCUACAUAUCUAUAUAAAGUGACAAGUCCUAGAACAUCGUACAACGUUGGGGAACUAUUCUCGGUGAUCAAAAUACGAGGACUUGAAUUUCUAAGAAUAUUUUUUUAUGUUAAUUUAAAAAAAUGGCUACUGCUGCGAGUUCAUUAUCAUCGGAAUCCUUGAAAAUAUCUCAGCGACAACUUCAUAUACCUUCACUGCAGGAAAUCAAGAAUGUUGUCACACCAGCGUUGGCUGAAAACUUUAACGAAGUCAUCGUGGAGGUUGUCGACUGUCCGGACUUGACCCAGCAACCGUUUACACUCGCUGCUCCAGGUCUUGGAGGUUCAAAAAAAAUUUUCGAGGUGGGGGGACCUUCGUUUUUACUUCCAACUGUCCAACGAGACAAAGUUUAUGAUUUGAAAUCAAUUUUAAAUCGCAUCGAUGAUGGAAAACAGGAGAAGAAGCUACUUGUCAUUGGCGCUGGAGCUGGACCAUGGCCGAGACUCUCCAGGAAUUGUGAAAUGAUGAUGAACGUUGUCGUGUCUCCCAACGACAUUAAAAAUGAGACCCGAGUAUCUUGGGUUGGGCCCAACGAAGAGUGCAUUCUUGAGGAGGGCCUAGGUGACGAUACAAGGUUCGCUCUAUUGGCGAAUCUCUAUGUCAGUGAAGGAAAACCAGAGAAGGUAUUGAAAGUUCAUGCGAAAAAGAGAACUGGAAAAUUGGACUUCAUUGCUACGAUGCAGAGAGCCCUUGAGGCUCAUUACAAAGACAAACUUGUUGGAUUAGGGGGAACUUUCCUCCUGAAACAAGGGAAAGUUAAGCAACACGUGAUGCGAGAUUUCUCCGCUGUUCCCUUGACAACAGAGAACGCCCUAAACAAUUGGUUGAAGUUUUAUGACAUGUCGGCUCCUCUGGUUGCAGUUGGGACUUUUGUCUCGGCAGAAACCGACCUUGAUCUUCGCGUUCAGCAUUUUCACAGUUUCAGUCAUCACGGUGAAGGUGGUCAUUACCACAUCGAUACAACUCCAGACAUUGUGGAAUAUUUAGGCUAUUUUAGCGUAGCUGAGUCACUGUAUAGAAUUGAUCAGCCGACAGUUCCUCUAAGUUUUGGAAAAGACUAAGAUUUUUGACGAUAUUGUCAUGAACCAAGGAAAGCUGAGUACCUGAAGCAGGAUUUUUCUAUAAAUGGACAUUAUUUGUUUUUGAUUUUUAAAUGUUCUCAAUAUAUUCUGUUAUAACAGCA